CAGAACUAAACGCACGCAGUUUAUUAAAGUGUUAUACACACCGCAAAAUUUUACAUUAUUGUAUUGUGCAAAAGACAAAACAAAUUCCAAUUGCAAAAUUGUAGUAAAUUGCUGAUUUUUUUGUUUGUGUAAGCAAUACUAAGGAAAGGGCUGUUAGCCAUGACAACAGAUGGUGAAUUUCUCAGCUCCUAUGAGCGCAUAAAACAGGCUAACAAAUUAACACUCAAGCAAAUCGAUCUCGCUAUCGAAUUCGAGGAGCGUGACAAACCUUUAGAGGCCAUAGCAGCCUAUGAAGAAAGCUUAAGAUUUAUCGAAACAGUAUUUUCCAUACCAGUCGGCCUGCCCGACAAUACCAAUGACAUUGAGGCUGAAUGGUCAGAUGCUUGCGCCAUUAUACAAAAGUUGAAAGGUGCUAAAACAGAAGUUACUUAUCGACUGAAAGUAUUAAAGCAGCAACAGGCCGCCGUUGAUUGUGAGGCGAGGGAAGCACAAGAAAACGAUGAUACAUUAAGUGAACCGCAAGCUAAAAGGAAAUCAACACUAUUGGAAAAUCCAGCCACCUACUAUGAUAUACAAAAUGUGGGCGGUGGUCCACCGAAAACCUAUAAACAAAUUGCCAAAGGUUUGCGGGAAGUUAUAGCCGAUAGGGAUAUACCGGUGUUGUAUGACACACUGUUUCAGGCUCAAGUGAAAUUGUAUAAAAUUCAACCGAAUGGUGUAGUGCAAACAUUGGCGGGCGAAACCGCGAUGUCAUUGGUUAUGUGCACCGUGGGUGACAAAUGGAGUUAUUUGAAUGGCAUGUACUUCAUACAGUGUUCCAUGAAAGGACAGGUUACCGAUCAGCCUUCAACCUCACAAGCCGAUGACAUGAUUUGGAUUUAUCCUCUCGUACCAACUGUAACCUCAUGUUAUCGCACCGACUAUGGAGCAUUUAUAUUUCCCGAUUUAGAAGCUGAAGUGCCCGGUUCAGCUUUUGGCAUAAUCUUAGCCACACCGCCGCAACUCAAUGCAGAACAAUUUGCAGAUUUGCAACAAUUCUUUUUAGAUCUAUUGGAGGCAGUAUUAGCGGGACGCAUUGAAGAAUUGCCACAACCCUUAGCUACAAGGCCCACCCGAGAUACUAGUCAACAGGUGUCUAGGCAUAUUGUUACUGCAGCUGAUUUUAUUGCCAGAGGUUUGGUUAAGGGAGCGGAAAAAACUGGUGAACUAAUGAUGAAAAGUACACCCUAUAUUAUAUCGAAAAUGAAACCGGCUCCGGAAAAUCCACCACCAGUCUCGCAGGGCCUGCAAACAACCGUGGAAGUGGCUAAGGGAGUAACAAAUGCAGCAGUGGGCGUAACCGGUUGGGUGGCUGGCAAAGUGGGUUCAGCCUCAAUGGCUAUAGGUAGAUUUCUAUCGCCCCACAUACAACAUCAUGGCGCCAAUCUAUUGCAAAAGACCUGUGGCCUCGACCAGCAGGAGGCGAAUAGUAAAAUGGAAGGCGCCUUGACUUUGGCAGCUGGAGCUGUGGAAGGUUUUAGUACCAUAAUGGAUGGUCUGGAUAAAUCUGCUGCCAUACUAGGCAACAAUCUAAGUGAAAAUUCCGUUAAAAUCAUAGAACACAAAUAUGGUUCCCCUGCUGGUUUUGUAGCUGCCGAUACUUUUGACACCCUGGGCAAUGCUUUUAUAGUAAGCCGCAAUGUCAACUAUAUGCUGCCCAAAGGCAUUGCCAAGAAAAUGGUUAAAAAUACCGGCAUAGCCGUCUUUGAUGACUACAAGCAAAACUAUAAAGGUGAACAGUAUGUGGCUGCUGGUGCUUUAUAUCCCGACUUGAGAUCUCUUAGGGAUAAGGCCGAGGAGGCAGGCUAUGGCUUAACGGAAUAAUUAAGACUUUGUUAAUAUGAAUUUAAUGCAACCAAAUCGAAUGUUUUGUCUGGAUAUUAUUAAAUAAUUACUUAAGUUGGAAUUUGUUGUUAUUAUUUUUAUUAAGUUGUUGCUUUUGCUUUAGAAUUAUCAUUUACACAUUCAUUUAGUUUAAUAAUGUGUUGUAUUAAUUAUAGUUUAUUUAUUGAAAUAAGUUUUUUCUGUAGAUUACAUAAUGUUCUCAUAUAUUAACUAUUCCAUUUUGAACAAUAAAGUUUUUAAUGAUUCGUAUUUGUCUCGAAAA